ACUCGCAUACCCACCGGGAGAAGGAACCCACCAAGAAGAAUCGGAAGGAAAUUAGGGAGAUAACCGCCUACUAAGCGUGAUCCCGAAACCCACCGAUUUUUCGAUCCUGAUCCCGGUCUCGGAAAAGAAGAGACACUUGAAAUUCCGGAUUUUCUUGUAGUGUGCCCAUUACCGUCCCCCGACUCGGAUUGCGACUUGGUUUCUGCUUCCACAAUGUCGAGUUUGGAGGAGCCUCUUGGUCUGGACAAGUUGCCCAGCGUGAGCACCAUUAUCGAUCGGAUCCGGAGGGUCUCUUCCGGUGCUUGCCGACCUAGAGGAGACUAUAUGGGGAUGGGGAGCUUCUGGAUUGAGGGAAGGAGCUGCAGCUCUUCCAGCAGCUGCAGCGAUGAUUAUGAUGAGUACCCAAGAGAGACAUACCCUUGGGGGAGGCAAACAAAGGAUGGGUCGCCGAGGGCCCAUAUGAACCGGACUUGCAGCUUCGAUAAGAAUCAUUUUGUGUAUAGCAAUAUCUGUGAGUCCAGAUACUUUUCAGAUGGCCACGAGUUCAACUCCAAGUGCAACAACAAAGACUCCCUCAAUGUGACCAACAAGUUUUUAAUGGGGAUACCAAAGUUUGUGAAGAUAGUGGAAGUUGGUCCAAGGGAUGGCUUACAGAACGAGAAAAAUAUCGUGCCUACAUCUAUCAAGGUUGAACUCAUAAGAAGACUAGUGUCCUCUGGGCUAUCCGUGGUCGAAGCUACAAGUUUUGUGUCACCCAAAUGGGUACCACAGCUGUCAGAUGCAAAGGAUGUCAUGGAAGCUGUUCGUGAUAUAGAGGGCGUCAGGUUGCCUGUUCUGACUCCUAAUAUGAAAGGCUUCGAAGCAGCUGUUGCAGCUGGGGCUAAGGAAAUAGCCGUGUUUGCAUCUGCUUCUGAAGCAUUUUCAAAGGCAAAUAUCAAUUGCAGCAUUGGAGAGAGCCUCUCUCGUUAUCGUGCUAUUGUUCGUGCCGCUAAUGAGCGCUCUAUCCCCGUUCGUGGAUAUGUCUCUUGUGCUAUUGGGUGCCCAAUUGAAGGAUCCAUUUCACCUACAAAGGUCGCAUAUGUGGCAAAAGAGCUUUACGACAUGGGUUGCUUUGAAAUUUCCAUAGCCGACACGAUCGGGGUUGGUACUCCAGGUAGUGUAGCUCCGAUGCUUGAAGCUGUGAUGGCUGCCGUUCCUGCCGAGAAACUGGCGGUCCACUUCCAUGACACAUACGGGCAGUCUCUCCCCAAUAUUCUGAUAUCCCUUCAGAUGGGGAUUAGCACGAUAGACUCGUCUGUGGCGGGGCUUGGUGGGUGCCCAUAUGCCAAGGGAGCCACGGGCAAUGUAGCCACCGAAGACGUGGUCUAUAUGCUCAACGGGCUCGGCGUGAAAACCAAUGUGGACCUCUCAAAGCUCAUGAUGGCUGGGGAUUUCAUCAGCAAGCAUUUGGGCUGCCCAUCGGGCUCGAAGACGGCCAUUGCCUUGGGCCGCAUCACAGCCGAUGUUUCUAAGAUAUAGAUAAAUGAGACCUGCAGAUUAGGGAGUCUCCGAGAAACAUUAUUAUGCCAUUAUACCCGGAAAUGGCUAAACGAUAAUUAUACGGUACCUCUUCUAUUACGAAUAAGAAAAACUCGGGUGAUGUUGUUUGAUUAGUCAUAUUUCGAAGCGUUGAAAAUUAGGUGCUUAAAUUUUAAGCGUUCAAUGAAUAACUGAUUAAUUGAUUAAGUGAA